CAGUAAGGAGAGUUUUAGGAAUGGAUAUUGAGAGAGAUCGUGAAAGGGGGAUUCUGACAAUAUCUCAAUCUGGUUAUAUCAGGGAAUUCAACAUGGAUGAUCAAAGAGUGUGUCAACGCCUGUUGAUGCACAUUUCAAAUUGGCUGCCGUAGAUGAUGAUGAAGCAGAAACAAGUAUGUACGAUAUUCCAUAUGCUAAUGCUAUCAGAAGCAUAAUGUAUGCUAAGAUAGGUACAAGGUGUGAUUUGACGUAUGCGUUGGGGUUGAUUAGCAAGUUUAUGAGUAAGCUUGGGAUGGCUCAUUGGACUGCGGUUAAGUGGGUAUUGAGAUACCUGAAGGAAACACAAAAUCUGAAAGUGUGCUUCAAGAAGAAUGAAGUGUUUUGGACUGAAGAUUUCUGUGAUUUUGAUUUUUCUUCGGAGCUGGACAACAGAAGGUCGAUCUCAUGUUAUGUUUUCUUAGCUGGUGGGAAUACAAUCAGUUGGAGAUAAAGUAUACAAUGUGUAGUGGCUCUGUCAACUACUGAAGUGGAUUAUAUGCCGCUGGUUGAAGCGGUUUAAAGAAGGAAUGUGGUUAAGGGGCUUAGUGAAGGAGCUUGGAUUCAAGCAAGACACGGUGGAUAUAUCGUGUGACUCUCAAAGUGCAUUUUUUCUAGCAAAUAACAAUGUGUAUCAUGAGAGUACUAAACACAUCAGCAGAAAGAUGCAUUUCAUCAGGAAAAUUAUCGCUCAAGGUGAUGUAAGUGUGAAGAAGAUAUGUACUUCUAAGAAUCCUGCUAAUAUAUUAACCAGGGUUGUUCCGGUUAAGAAGUUUGAGGAAGCGGUGGACUUCCUUUGGGAUGUCCGAACAUUGAGGAGCAUUCGAUAUCGCCUGGCAAAGCACAUGUUUGCUUAACCUAAGUAGUGGAUCACGUUUGAUGUCAUCAAGGUGGUUGUUGCGAUUCGUCAAGGAAUCCGUCAGGGAUUUCGUUAGGAUUUGGUGAUGAAAAUCAAACAAGAUCGUUUAACUUAAACCAAGACAAUGAUGUUAUAUUAGAAAAGGGAAAUAUCACUUUUAUAAAGUUAUGGAAGUUGAUAGGAUCCUGAAAAUAUUACUUUCAAGAUUUAUGGAAGUUAGAAAUAUUUUGAAAAUAUUCCUAAUAGGUUUAUGGAAAGGGUUGAAUAUCAUAAUCCAGCUAGGUUAAUGUAAUAGACUCCUACUAUAUAAGAAGAGCUCGUGUAUACUCUUCUCUCUCGUCCAAGUAAGACAAUUGUAAGCUUGUGAGAGAGAUGUUUUAUAUCUUUAUUCUUAAGAUUAUAAAUUAUUGCCUCUUGCAAAGCUCCAGAGACAUCAUAGCCAUUCUAGGUGAACUCUGGGUAAAUAAUUACAUGUGUUCAUCUUCUAUAUUUUUCGCGUUCUUUUUCUGUUCUCCAUUAUUUUACAAACUUAAUUUUCUAACUUUCUUUGGCGAGUUUAUUAGAGAGUGUGUUAGAGUUUGUUUGUUUGAAUCUAAAAAAAAAAAAAAAAGGUCAAACAGUUUUGCUAAGGUGGUUUUAACAGUAUGGAGCUGAUUUUUUGCGUCUCUAGUUUUCUAGUGUAGAUUAUACAUGGGUUGUACUGAUAGACCCACAAAUUCUGCGGCAAAAGUCUGACAUAUAUAGAAACUUGAGAGGAAUGUAGAGAUAUAUCUUGGGCAAUCUUUAUGAUUGGAGAGUUGAAAAUGAUGUUCCACACCAAUAUUUUCCCAUCAUUGAUCAGCAUGCUCUCUUCCAGCUUGAGAAUGUUAUAAAGAAAAUACAGAAGUGUUACGAGAACUACCAGUUUUUCAAAAUAUUCCAGAUCAUACAACGACUCACAAUUAUUGAUAUGUCAAAUUUCUACUUUGAUAUUGCUAAAGAUAGAUUGGAUACUAGGGGAACCUCGAGUUUUUCCAGAAGAAGCUGUCAGAUAGUUCUUUCAGAAAAUCUUUUAUUCAUAUUGAGAGUCACACCCAUAGUACCUCACCUAGCAUAGGAUGUCUGGAAAAAUCUCCCUUUCGAGUACACAUAUAUAUGAAGUUAUAUCUGCAACAAAAUUUGUUUUUGAACUUAAAUGACCUCUAUUGAACUAACAAUAAGUUUGAGACAGUCUUCUCAUUUACAUGUUUGGUUAUUUAAAUUUUUUAUCUUGUUUCUUGCAACUUGUUUUUUACUUGUUUUGUUUAGGUGAUAGUUUAUUUAUUACUUUGUUAUUGCAAUUCGGAUUAAAAUUAUGAUUUAUUCUAUAUUUGGUUUAGAUUAGACAAAUACUUUAAUUUCUAAUGUUUUAGAUUUUGUUUCUUGUGGUUUUGAAUUUUACUACAAAAUAGCAUGUUAGAGAUGGCAAAUGAGCUUACCCGCGACCAUUUGUCAUGUCCUACUGCAGUUUCGGUUUCAUUUGGGUUGUUGCAGACCGUACCGCUGCGAGACGAGGUCCCAGAGGUAUGACCAGUUCUGCCCUGGUCCUAUAUAUAUAUAUAUAUACCAUAGUGUAAAUUUUUUUAUUUUUUUUUUGAAAAAGGACUUCUUACCAUAGUGUAAUGCUAAUAAUAAUGUAACCGCUAUCAGCUAGAUUUUACGGAUAAUCCAGUGGCUCCACAAUAAAACUUUCUAAUUUUCAUGACAGAAAUUAAAUAUGAAAACUAUGGAUCUAUGCGUAGCAGUCAACUUAAUUAAAUGUACGUAAUGUGAUAAACUCAGUGUUUUGAAACCCUGAUCCGGACCCGCGGUUGAACCGGUAAAUCCGAUAAUCUAGAAAAAAUCCAGUUUGGAUUUUAUGAAAAGCCCAAUAUUUAGAAACCCGAAAAAGCUUAGUAAAACAUAGAACCCGAUAGCGGUUGAACCACCGGUUGAACCACCAGUUAAGUCAAUAAAUAACUUUUACUUCUUGUUUUAGUUUUUAAUUAUAUUUUUAGAUUAUAUUUUAUAUAUUCUAAAUUUCCAAUUAAGAAAUUAGGUAUUGACAAAAAAAAAAACAAGUUAGGUUUUUUUUUUUUUAGUUUUAUAUUUGUGAUUUUUAAAUUUUGAUGAAAAUUUCACUAUGUCACCUGAAGAAAAUAAAGUGAACGAUGGUAGAGAGAACCAAAAUUAGUUCAUGUGGUUUGGUGUUAGUUUAUUUUCGUUAUUGAUAAUUUAUUAUAAUGAUUUUUUACUUUUGGAUUAUUUUGUAUUUGAAGUUUAAUUUAUUAUUCAUAUUAGACAUUUAAAUAUUUAUAAAUUUUGUGUCUUGAUUUUUUAGAUAUCAUAACUCUUACCUUGUUCGAGAAAAUUUUAAGUAGUCUAAACUUUUUUUUGAUAUUUUGUAUGUCAAAUGAAAAUAAAAAUAUAAAAACUAAAGUUAAGUAUUUUUUUUAAAUGUUCUUAAACAUAAAAUAUAUACAUAUCCAAACUAUUAUUUUAUUUUCUAAAAAACAUUUAGGAAAUAUUAAACUUUAGUUUCUAUAUUUUUAUUUACAUAGCUGAUAUAUUAUUAUAUAAUAAAAUUAGUUUAUUUAUUAAACCGCGGUUCACUCGCGGUCGAUCCAGUGACCCAACAACCCGGUAAGUCGUCCGGUCCGUAAACUAUAUAUCCUUUGAGAAUGAAAAUAUGUGGUCGACUGGCCGUACUAUAAAGAUAUGACAUUAUUUGUCCGUAUAAAAUAUUCCUCGCAUUAGUUCAAAAUUUUUAUAUAUUCCUCGCAUGUAAAAAAGAUUUUGUUUUCUGUACGUUUUAUCGAUUUAGUUGAUAGUUUAUUCGUUAGCUGUAAGAGGCAAAGAGUGAAGGAGGUGCGAGCCGAUUUUAGCCUCAAAUUCUCAGAUUCUCCCACUAUCUUAAUUUCAUUAUUUAAAAUGUGUUUUUUUUGUCCAAUAAACUUGAUUCUUAAAAGUUCACAAAAAAAAAAAAACUUGAUUCUUAGAAAAAAUGGCUACAAACGCAUAUAUGAUAUAGAUUUACGUACCUUAGGAAAUUAUAUAUAAAGAACCCUUAUAGACCCUUCACAACAUCAAAUACUUAAACUCAAAUUAUCAUCUUCACACAAAGAUAUCGCAAUCUCUUUAAAAGUCCUCUAGUAAUCAUCCCUUAUCAUACAUUUUAAUCAAAACAUUCCCAAUUUUCCAACUGCAAGCUCAGUUUUAAUAUUUGCUUCACAUUUUUUACACAAAUGGAGAAGCUACAGAAGAUGAUUUCCGAGAAGUCGGUUGUGAUCUUUAGCAAGAACUCGUGCUGCAUGUCUCACACAAUCAAGACUCUCUUCUUAGAUUUUGGCGUGAACCCGACGAUCUGUGAGCUAGAUGAGAUCAACAGAGGAAAGGAGAUAGAACAAGCACUGGCUCAGCUGGACUGCAGCCCCACCGUGCCGGUGGUGUUCAUAGUAGGUCAGCUCGUCAGUGGAGCCAAUCAAGUCAUGAGUCUUCAUCUCAAUCGCUCUCUCGUUCCGAUGCUUAAACGCGUUGGGGCGUUAUGGCUUUGAUUAAUAUAAACAAAUACUUACGACCGAACGUAGUUUGAUAAUUAAUGACAAUAAUCAAAGGAUGAAAAAAUCAUAUAAAUGUAUGUAUGAAAGUUUUGUCUAUCUAUGUUUUAAAAGGAUAGAUAGUGACAUAUGUGGGUACCUAUUCUGUAACGUGUGGCUAAAUUUUCUGAUAGAAAAUUGGUUAGCGUUGGAUCUUUCCGUAGCCAUUUAUAUAUGUACGUACAUUUUUGUAAAUGCACGCAUGCAUUUAGAAAAUAAAUGGCACAUAGCAAAUGUACAAAUAUAUAACCGGUGCUUCUAGUUCUGGUGGUAAAGGAUUCACGGCUGUGAGUUUCGUCACCUGGAUUCUAAUUCCGACCACUGCAGUAUUCACAUGCGGUUCUGCAGCGCCCCGGGACAGAAGAUCGUCCCAUGUCCUUCGUGUGACUCUGGUUCGUAGUUGUCUCGGUCUCUAGUCUGGACUCACUUUGGUGAGGGUCAGGACAUCCGAAUUAUCAAUAUGAAACCGAUCGAACGGAUAAAACUGGUAUCUAAACGUGAAGAUUCUGUUGAAGAUGCAAAGAUCAUGUGGAAGUUCUGAUAUAGACGCAAGUACAACAACGAAUGGAGCAUAGUCUACGACAAUGAGUGCGCAUACGGAUGAACAAGACGAAGUGAAGAUCGAGACUUGAAGAACGGAUUGCGGACCAAGUUAGAAUUAAUGCAAAGACAUCUUGAAGGGCAAGCAUGAAGAGAUUCACCUUGGAAAAGGGAGAUCUCACGAUGGGAAGUUCCUUAAAGAUUUUGUAUGAGUUUUAGGGAACUUACCAUAUUUGGUUAGUUAGUAAAUAUUGGGUAGAUAAGCUAGGUUAGUCGAUUUGACUAUUUUGUAUAUAUAGUCUCUUACUACAUAUGUAUUAGGGUUGUCGCUGAAAUUGUAUUCUUAGCAUAAGAGUGGGUUUCAUAAGCUUGUAAGCAAGUGAAAGUACUAAGGGCUAAGGAGAGAGAUUCUAGAGGUCUUGUAUUCGACCUUAGGACGUGUGAGGCUAGAGCAACAAGUCAAGUGGGUCUUGAUCCCCACUUGACUUGUUGAAGUUAUGUUUAAGGAGAUACUUGUAAGUUCAAUUUAAAAGAAUACUAGUAAUACACAUAUCUUUGUAGAGAUAGUCUUCGUGUGCUUUUUGCUAUACGUUUGUGCCAUAGUUCUCACAUUUAUACUUGUAUAUACUUUUUUGAUAAUCUUGCGUAUAUCUUUUAUAAUGAAUUCUUAGUUAUAAAAUUUUAAUAUAUUUUAUUAAAGAACCAUGAGUCUUACUUUAGCAAAUAAAACAAAUAUUUACAGUUUUCUUCCAAGAAAUAGGCUAUUUUUUAUGGAGAAACUGUGAAAUCCGUUGAAAAUAUGCUAUACUAACAGUUUUCACUGAGAAGUUUCAUUUUUUUUUGGACAAAAUCAAAAAAGUAUGAGAAAACGAAUUACGAACGCGAUGCAAAAUUCAGGUUUGUUGAGAUAUGUUGAAAUCAGGACAUGCUACUGUAUAUAAUACCACAAUUGAAUGACAUGUCAUUGGGGUGAUUGGUUGGGUUAUAGGAGGUGACUUUAGCUUUAAUUUUUAUCUACAGCUUCAAAAAUUACCAAGCAUGCUUUAUAUUGGUUUCUAUAGCUUAAAA